AUGAGUGAAUAUAAGGAGAAUGACGAAAAUCAGAUUUUGCUUGAUUCGUUCGAUGCAUCGGAGCUCGAGGAUGCUGAUAAAGACAAAAUAGGAUGGCAGGGGAGUUUCAAUGAUAAUGGGAGUGAGGUGUCUUCAGAACGAGAAGAGGACACGAGGUUGGAGGACGGGAGAGAUGGAGACGGAUUGCUUGGGGCUGCGGAAGAAAUAGACAGAAAUAUCCACGAAGCUAUGAUAACGGAAGGAAACUCAUCUAAUAGUAAUAGCCGAGAGGGAAACAUUAAUGAUAAUGAGAGAAUGGAAGGUGAUACGGAUAACGACUUGGAGCUGCAGCUUCCGGCUGGACAUUUGACUCCGAAAGAAAGAGUGGUGAAUGUUUUGAAUAGCGUUUUUCCCUUCAAGCAGACUUACGAAAGAAUAAAUAAUGGAUUGACUACCGGGCGAAUGCAAGCAAACGUGCCGGGAAGGUUCAUAGGUCAGGGAACAGAUGGUGUAUUCCGUAAUUUGAUGGCCAAACCGGAUAGGGAGGCAAAUAGGACCGAGGAAACCCAUCCGCCAUCAUACGAAGAGGCGGCUGCUGAUGCAACGCCAGAAUAUUGGGAGUCAACGGUCGUUUCGCCGUUAUACGAGGAUGAAGUAUUUGUUGAAGGCUUGCCGGUUGGAAACGUGGCAAACUUGGUAUGGAACAUUUUGGUGAGUUCGGCAUUUCAAUUUGUGGGAUUCGUAUUGUGUUACUUAUUGCAUACGUCUCAUGCUGCUAAGCAAGGUUCAAGAGCAGGGCUAGGUGUAACGUUUAUUUACUAUGGGCUUGGGAUGAUUCCCUCAAAUUUUGGGAGUGCCGAGAAGGUUCCAGAUCGCUAUGAGCCAAAUAAUCCAAAUCAGAUUGACAUAGACCAGUCAGCUUCGGUUAAUGAUGGUAAAUUAGACAAUUACCAAUCUGGAAUAUUUCAACAACAUACUGAUUCUCCCGAUAAGAAACUCAACCAAACCCCGUACUUUGCAUACGGCAUUAUUGCAUUUGGAAUAUUUAUUAUAGUAAAGGCCUUCAUCGAUUAUUAUAGAGUGAAGCAAAUGGAGAGAGUGAUUUUAUCGCCUCCUUCUAAUGAGACAGUAGUGACAAACUCGGUUACAGAAAUUACAAGAAAUGCCGGGGAGGUCUAA